AUGGCUGUGGCCUCUGCUGCCCCAGGGAGCAUCUUCUGUAAGCAGCUCCUUUUCUGUCUCCUGGUUGUAAUAUUAUCUUGCGAUGCUUGCCAGAAAAUUUCUCUUCAAGUUCCUUCUCAUCUUCAGGCUGAAACACUUGUAGGCAAAGUGAAUCCAAAAGAAUGCUUCCAGUCAGCCCACUUAAUCUGGUCAAGUGACCCGGACUUCAGAAUUCUAGAAGAUGGCUCCAUUUACACAACACACGACCUCAUUUUGUCUUCUGAACGGAGGAGCUUUUACGUUUUUCUUUCAGAUGACCAGAGGCAGGAACAGAAAGAGAUAGAAAUUGUACUGGAUGUGAAAGAAAAGAAGAUUCCCAAGAAGAGACACACCAAAGACGCAGUUCUCAAACGCAGCAAGAGACGAUGGGCCCCUAUUCCCUGUUCACUGAUGGAGAACUCAUUAGGUCCAUUUCCGCAACAUGUUCAGCAGGUCCAAUCUGAUGCGGCACAGAACUACACCAUCUUUUACUCCAUAAGUGGACCAGGCGUGGACAAAGAGCCCUUCAAUCUGUUCUACAUAGAUAAGGACACAGGAGAUAUCUUUUGUACACGAAGUAUAGACCGUGAACAAUAUGAACAGUUUCCACUCUAUGCCUAUGCCACCACUGCAGACGGCUACGCACCCGAGUACCCGCUCCCCUUGCUAUUCAAAGUUGAAGAUGAUAACGAUAAUGCUCCAUAUUUUGAAAACAAAGUGACUAUCUUCAGUGUGCCUGAAAAUUGUCGAACUGGAACUUCAGUGGGACAAGUGACUGCCAUAGACCACGAUGAACCUGACACUCUACAUACUCGCCUGAAAUAUAAAAUCUUACAGCAGAUCCCAGAUCAUCCAAAGCAUUUCUCCAUACAUCCAGAUACAGGUGUCAUCACCACAACUACACCUUUACUGGAUAGAGAAAAAUGUGAUACAUACCAGUUAAUAAUGGAGGUGCGAGACAUGGGGGGCCAACCUUUUGGUUUAUUUAAUACAGGAACAAUUACAAUUUCACUUGAGGAUGAAAAUGACAAUUCACCAUAUUUUACGGAAACAUCUUAUUUUACAGAAGUAGAAGAAAACAGAAUUGAUGUCGAGAUUUUACGAAUGGCGGUACAUGACCAGGACUUACCAAACACUCCUCACUCAAAGGCUGUAUAUACAAUCCUACAAGGAAAUGAAAAUGGAAACUUCAAAAUUAGCACAGACCCCAAUACAAAUGAAGCAGUCUUGUGUGUUGUCAAGCCAUUGAACUACGAAGUCCAUCGUGAGGUUGUUUUGCAAAUUGGUGUGCUUAAUGAAGUACAAUUUGCUAAAGCAGCAAAUUCAAAACCUCCUACUAUGUGCACUACAACUGUCACUGUUAAAAUUAAAGACAGUGAUGAGGGCCCUGAAUGCCAACCACCGGUAAAAAUUCUUCAGAGUACAGAUGGCCUCCCAAUUGGAAAAGAACUCCAUGGAUACAAAGCGUUGGAUCCAGAAACUCGCAGUGGUGAAGGCUUAAGGUAUAAGAAGAUAGGAGAUGAAGAUAACUGGUUUGAAAUUAAUGAAAACACUGGUGACUUGAGAACUAUAAAAGUGCUAGAUAGAGAAUCAAAAUUUGUCAAAAACAACCAAUACAAUGUUUCCGUGGUUGCAAUGGAUGCAGCUGGCAGAUCUUGCACGGGAACCCUGGUAGUUCAUUUGGAAGAUAAUAACGAUCAUGCACCACAGAUUGAUAAUGAAGUGACAAUUUGCCAGCAUGCUAAGGAUUAUGCUGUUCUCGAACCUGUAGAUCCAGAUGGACCUGAGAAUGGUCCACCUUUUGAAUUCUUUCUGGAUAAUUCUGCCAACAAACUUUGGAAUUUAGAAACAAGGGAUGGUAAAACUGCAAUUCUUCAUCAGCGGCAAAUUCUUGACUAUAACUAUUAUACUGUGCCUAUUAUAAUAAAAGACAGACAUGGUUUAGAUGCAAAACACAUGUUAAAAGUGAGAGUAUGUGACUGUACGACCCCAUCUGACUGUAAGAUGAAUGUCAAAAAUGUGAGAGAUUUUAAGCCAUCAAACGUGAUACUUGGAAGAUGGGCUAUUCUUGCCAUGGUGCUGGGUUCUGCAUUGCUGUCAUGUAUUCUGUUUACUUGUUUCUGUGUUACCGCUAAAAGAACAGUAAAGAAAUGUUUUCCAGAUGUAGCCCAGCAAAAUUUAAUUGUGUCAAAUACUGAAGGACCUGGAGAAGAAGUGACGGAAGCAAAUAUUAGACUGCCCACACAGACCUCCAACAUCUGUGACACAAGCAUGUCUGGUGGCACUCUUGGUGGCCAGGGAGUCAAAACACAGCAAAGCUUUGAGAUGGUCAAAGGCGGCUACACUUUGGAUUCCAGCAAAGGAGGUGGACAUCAGACCUUGGAAUCUGUCAAGGGAGCAGGACAGGGAGUGACGGACACUGGCAGAUACACGUACACUGACUGGCACAGCUUCACCCAACCCCGGCUUGGCGAAAAGGUGUAUCUGUGUGGACAAGAUGAGGAGCAUAAACACUCUGAAGACUACGUUCGUUCGUAUAACUACGAAGGAAAAGGGUCUGUGGCGGGCUCUGUGGGCUGCUGCAGUGAUCGGCAGGAGGAAGAAGGGCUUGAGUUUCUUGAUCAUCUGGAACCCAAAUUUAGGACGCUAGCAAAGACGUGUGUCAAGAAAUAAAUGUAUGUUUUAAUGGAGAAACAUCUACAAAUGCAUACGCAGGGGCUUAGUGAAUGUAAAAUGAUAGCAGCAUCUGCUAAUAUGUUUGUUUCUUGGAGGAAAAUUUCAAGUCAUGUAUAGAUAAGGAUACUAUAAAUACGAAACUCCCCUAAAUUCUCCCCGUCUGAUAUAACUUCCAUGUU